AUGAGCUCAGAGGCUGACAUUGCUCGAGUGAAAUACUUUAGAAAUACAGUGUAUGGCCAUGCUGAGAAGGCCUCUGUGGAUGAUGCUACAUUCAAAUUGUAUUGGCAGGACAGCAAAGAUGCUUAUGUGAGACUUGGAGGGCCUGCAUAUGGAGUAGCAAUUGAUGAUCUUAAAAAUGAGUGCAUGGACCCUGUAUUUGAAGAACACUACAGACAACUUUUAAAGGAAUGGAAAAGAGAUAAUGAUAACAUGAAAGACAAACUGGAUGAUAUUGAUCGGAAACUUGAAGAACUGAUGAAAGCUUCAACAAGCACACCACUGCCAAAAGGUAGAUUUUAAAUUUACUAAUUAAGAGUGGUGUGGGGGAGGGAGAGGGAGAGGGAGAGGGGAGAAAAUUAGAAUAGAGAAGUUUUGUGUUCAAAACACGUAGUUUUGUGUUCUACAGAUAAUUUCCAUGUUUUAGAUCACACCUCCACCAGCUUUCAGCUUAAGAUAAAAGAGGCUAUUCAUGUUCAAAGAGAACAACCAUCUUUGAAUCAGCAAUAACACCAUGUAAAUCUAAAACUAUGUUUUUAAUUCUCACACUUUCAUGCUUUACCUCUUUUCUUGUUGUCACUAUUCAUCUUAAUUAGCAUUCUGAUCUACUUACUUUAUAAUUCAACUUUCAACGCUUUGUACAGUAAUUAACUGAAGAUGACAGACGUUUCUGUUGAAACAUGUCUUACAAACUCAAAAGUGUUGUCGCUUUCUUUAAAUUUUUAUUCAAUACCAUUAUGAAAGCAAAAUUGAUCCCCUAUUUACCUAAUUUACUUUAAUUUAAUUUCAGAUGUUGAGGAGCCAACUGAACUUAUAGAAUGGAUUCGCCAACUUUACCAGACAUGUGAAGGACGACUUUCACCAUUUCCUUGGUGUGAGGAGUUCAACUUUGACCUUAGUGUAAUAUUUACAAAGCCAACCAUUGUCAGGCUUGACAAAACUAGACGAACAGCUGCAGAACAGGUAACCAGCAUCACUGGCGUCUUUAAACCUCACAGUGGAAUCUCCAAGCCCAGAACUGUCCUGAUUGAGGGAGAACCUGGAAUGGGCAAGACAACCUACUGUCAAAAGGUAGUGUAUGACUGGGCCAAUGGUCAAGAAACUGACCCCUCUUUCUCAGAAAUCAAAUUGGUUCUCCUGCUCAAAUGUCAUGACCUGUCAGGAGACAUCUGGGAAGCAAUUGAUGAUCAGCUACUUCCUCGAAACAUUGAUGAAAAGGCAAAAGAGAACUUCUUCAAAUACAUCAAUGCCAAUCAGUCACAAGUACUACUGAUACUUGAUGGAUUGGAUGAAGCACCAUCUAAUUAUAAAAAGAUAUUUUCUGAUCUUGUUGAGAGCAGGGAACUUCCAAAGUGUCACAUCAUUCUUACAUCCAGGCAAGAGGGUAGUGUCACGAUAAGCAAGUUUUGUGACACCUUGUUUCAAAUAGAAGGAUUUACUUCAAAGAAUUCUCACAAUUACAUCAUGCAUUACUUCAAAGACUUGGAGGCACAGGGACAAAACCUUUUGAAGGACAUAGAACAAAAUAUUGAACUUGGAGAACUGAUUGUCAAUCCCCUAUUCACAGCAAUGCUUUGCCUUGUUUAUGAAGAUUUAGAAGGUGGUCUGCCUCUAAGCAGGAUUCAGUUGUAUCUUGAAAUCACAGAAUGUAUUCUUAAGAGAUUUUGCCAAAAACAAGGAUUGUCUCACAAUAAUGACAACCUAACUGAAGUUUUCAAGGAAGAGCUGGAACAGUUGGGAAGUAUAGCCUUGAAGGCCUUGAGGAAAGAUAAAAUGCAUAUUGAAGACUGUGAAUUUCCAGGCACAACAGGAAAAUCACCUCUAUUUGAAUUUUUGUCAGUUCAGUCUAACAGUAGCAAAAGAAGAUCCCAUACAUGCUACCGAUUUUCACCCAAGAGUUUUCAAGAAUUCUUUGCAGGUCUUUAUCUCUCUGACCAAAUUUUGAAAGGGGAAACAGACUUUGAGACUCUGCUUGCAAAUGAAAGACAAAACUUAAAGUCUCUUGAACCAGUCCUUUUGUUCACUGUGGGUGUUAUCUGCCAUAGAAGUGAAAAUGGAGCCUUGUCUCUUUUAUGUAUCAUUAUCAAGAAUGCCAAUUUUUUCAAAAACCAUGUGCUUCAAAAUUUUUAUUUGUACUUUGCUUUAAAGUGCAUUGGUGAAUGCUCCACAGAAGAUUCAGGACUUCGAUCCCAGAUGAUAAAUUUGCUAGGAACAAACCUAGAGCUUCAAGAGUUGGUAAUAACUGAUGGCAGUUUUCUUACGAAGUUGUUUGUUGAGGCACUUCAAGUUAACAACACACUUAAACUUUUAUCCAUCAUGGUUUCAUUUUUGGGAGAUCAGUUUAUUGUGUCAUUGGCAAAUAUGCUUAGAGUCAAUAAAACUUUAACUUUAGUUCACUUUAUGACAAAUGGUAUUGUCAUUGCACAUGGUGUGCAGCAACUGGCUGAUUCUCUAAUGGAUAGCAAAACACUAAAUGACUUAAUGUUAAGCGGAAAUGCAUGGGGCAACGAUACAGUCAGGAUCUUGGCAGGUUAUUUGAAGAGGAGUGUAAGCUUGAGUUCUUUUCAUCUAAUUUUUAGUGACAUUGGUGAUGCAGGAGCCACAGCACUUACAGAGGUUUUAAGGACCAACACCACUUUAAACUGUUUGGGCCUUUGUAGAAACCCAGGCAUUGGUAAUCCCGGUGUUAUAUCACUAUGUGAGGCUCUGAAAGUCAACACAACUCUUAGUUCAUUAAAUUUGUCUGGAACUGGUAUUAGUGAUGCUGGUGUUCUUUCUCUUGUGGAAGUUCUCAAAACCAAUGCCAGCAGCCUAACCUCAUUGUUACUAUCAGAUAUCAAAAUAAGUCAUCAAAGUUUAAAGUCUAUCGCAGAAGUCUUGAGAGUCAACUCUACUUUGAAAGACCUUAAAUUCGAAGGAAAUAAGGUUGGUGUUGGUGGAACAAAGUUGAUUGCUGAAAGCCUUAAAGUUAAUACAACCCUGACACUUCUAAGUCUCUCAAGGAACAACAUCAAAGCUAAAUGUGGCCGUUUAUUUUCUGAUUCCCUCAAAGUUAAUGGGACACUGGAAUCUCUGACUUUGGCAGAGAAUGCCCUUGGUUCUCGUGGUGCCCGACUUCUAUCAGAAGGGCUCAGAGUGAAUACCUCACUUAGACAUCUGGACCUGUCUGGGAAUUCCAUUGGCAAUGAAGGUGCAGAGUCAAUUGCAGAGACCAUCAGAGUUAAUGCUUCACUGACCAGCUUGAAGCUAAAAGAGAACAAUAUUGGUGAUCCUGGAGCCAACAAAGUCUCUGAAGCUCUUAAAGAUAAUGUCUCUUUGGAGAAACUGGAUUUGUCAGGUAAUGCCAUUGGUACUGCUGGAGCUGAGUCAAUUGCUGAGGCCCUUAAAAGUAAUGUUACUCUGACUUUUUUACAGCUUGCUCAUAAUGUCAUUGGUGAUAAUGGAGCCCAAUCACUUUGUGAGGCUCUUAAGAAAAAUGCCACCUUGACCACCCUGGAUGUUUGUAACAACGAUAUCCAUUCAGCUGGUGCUCAAGCAUUUGAUGAGCUCCAAGGACAUAAUAACACCUUAAAGGUAGUAACUUUGAUCUUGAACAAUAUUGGUGACCUAGGUGAUCAUGAGGAUCAAGAAUUUAAUGAAGUCCCCAUAGGAAGCUUUUCUUCUUUUCCUUUUUCAUCUGAUUUUUCACUGCGCUGUACUGAUCAAGGAAGCUUUGAUGUAGUUGUUUCUAAAGAGACUUUGAUGCUACCUCAACAGUGA